CGUAGUCACUCCUAUAUCGUCGGCAAAACAACGCGAGAGUCGUGGAAAUCUUUUCGACUGAGUGCUGGGUUGUCUUGUAUUUUGCAACUAGAAUUCAGAGAUGUUUCCAGCAUCUGGAGGUGCAAGAGUGGGCUUCAGAACCACAAAAGCUAUUAGAUUUGCCAAACAUGGCUGCACCAACAGACCUUUCUAUCACAUUGUUGUCAUGGAGAAAAGAAAGUCUCGACAAGGUCAUGUCAUAGAGCAACUGGGCACUUUUGAUCCAUCAGUGAAUGUCCAUGGAGAAAAGUUGUGUUCCAUCAACCUUGACAGGACCACCUAUUGGAUUGGCAGUGGGGCACACAUAUCUCUCCCCUGUAGCAUCCUUUUUGGUCUUGCCGGUCUUUUGCCCAUCCACCCACAAACAUAUAUUAAAGCUUGGAGAAAUCGGAGGACAGCUGCAAAUGCAGAAGAGACAGAAUCAACUUCGUCUUCAUAAGAAGUAUUUGUUAAUGAACAGGAUUAGUCUGUGGUGUUUUAUAAAUCAAGUUUUGCAUAUGAAAUUAAGUUGCUUAUGAGAAAGAAAUUCAAAACUUUAUUCAGUAAUGUAAUAUGACGAAACAUGUAUUCAGCAUUUCAAGAAUCUUAAAAAAGCAAAGAAAAAAAUUCAAAUCAAAUAAUUUUCUUUCCCAGAAAAGAAUGCAAUGUUAGUUAUAUGGCCACUGCUAUUGUUAUUUAUGUAAAUUUGUAAAUAAAGUUUUUUUUUUUUU